AUGGCGGGGGUGGGCGCGGCCCUGCUCGCGGGGCUGCUGGCGAGGCUGGCGCUGGUGCUGUACGGGCUGCACCAGGACCGCACCAUGCGGGUGCGCUACACCGACGUCGACUACCGGGUGUUCACGGACGCGGCGCGGCUGGUGACCGAGGGGCGCUCGCCCUACCGGCGGGCCACCUACCGCUACACGCCGCUCCUGGCCUGGCUGCUGACGCCCAACGUGCUCCUCACCGAGGCCUUCGGGAAGCUGCUCUUCGUGGCCGGGGACCUGGCGGCUGCCGUCGUCGCUUACCGGGCCCUGCGGCGCCGUGGGACCCCCGCCGGGCGCGCCUGUGGGUGCUGCGCCGCCGCCUGGCUCCUGAACCCGCUGCCCAUGGCCGUGUCCAGCCGGGGCAACGCGGAGGCGCUGGUGGCGCUGCUGGUGCUCGCCACGCUCUACUGGGUGGAGGCGGGCAGCGUGGGCAAGGCCGCCGUGUGCUACGGGCUGGCCGUGCACAUGAAAAUCUAUCCCCUGAGCUACGCGCUGCCCAUAGCGCUCCGCCUGAGCGCCGCGCCGGGCCGCGGGGCGCUGCGGGCGCGGGGGGACAGAGCGGCAAGGGUCACGGUCAUGGCGCGCCUCUGGCACCUCUUGGUGAAGAUGCUGAACCGCGACGUGCUGCUCUUUGGAACAGUUGCCGGAUCAGUGCUGGCUGCCUUGACUGUGGCAUUUUAUCACCUCUAUGGCUGGGAGUUUUUGGAGCACGCCUACCUCUAUCACCUGACUAGGAGGGAUAUCCGUCAUAACUUCUCUCCCUAUUUCUACAUGUUGUACUUGACAGCAGAGAGCAAGUGGAGUUUUGCCCUUGGGCUCGCAGCUUUCCUGCCUCAGCUGCUUUUGCUCCUGGUUGUUUCCAUAGCGUUCUACAGAGACCUUGCCUUCAGUUGUUUCCUACACACCGCUAUUUUUGUGACUUUUAACAAAGUAUGCACAUCGCAGUACUUUGUCUGGUAUCUCUGCCUUUUGCCCCUUGUAAUGCCUAGUAUUAAGAUGUCUUGGCAUAGGGCCGUGCUGCUUCUCUGUCUGUGGUUCAUCGGACAAGGCCUGUGGCUUACUCCUGCAUUCUUUCUGGAGUUCAAAGGAUAUAACACUUACUUAUUUAUAUGGAUGGCAGGCUUGCUUUUCCUUUUAAUUAAUAGCCUCAUAAUUGUUCAGAUUAUUGCACAUUAUCAAAAAGAAACACAAGUUGCAAAAAAACUGAAGCAACGGUAAUAAACUGCCCAAAAUCCAUAAACAGCCCUACUGUACUCUAGGUAAGGCAUCACAUAUCACCAGCACUUCAUCUAACAAAAGUGCAAUUAAGUUGUACUAAAGCACAUUGUGUGUAAAUGUUACUGUUUCAGGCCCUGAGAGCACUGAUGGGCCUCAGUCACCCU